AUGGCCGAGAACGACAAUCGCAACGUUGAAGACGGCGCGCCCAUCACGAUCAAGGACGGCAAUGAGAUCUCCUUCAGAGUGAAGCCCAAGACGCCCUUCCAAAAGAUCUUCAACGCUUAUUACCAAAAAACGCAGCAAGAUCAGAACCUCUUAAAGUUCUUGUUCGACGGGCAGCGCGUGCGCCCCGAGGAGACGCCUGCUGACCUUCAAAUGGAGGAGGGGGAUUCCAUUGACGCCAUGAUCAACCAGAUGGGCGGCUGCUGA